GCAUUUAUCGAUAAAACUCUCGAUCGGCUCGUGCUUCAGAAAAAAUAGUGCAUAGUUCGUGAUUUUUUCGUAAAAUGUCGACGGCACCCUACGAAGAAUAUGAAACUAAGUACCAAGUUGUGGACAAUACCUGGCACCUCAUACCUCCGGAUUACAUGAAUAUGGUGGACGAUGACUAUAGAUACCAAUUUCUGGACAGUAUGAAAAUGAACGGUAGUCCGAUAAGUAGUCAAAAAACGUCUGCAGGAUUUGCCAUUAGCGAUAUACUCGAAUUAGAUAGGAAUACCAACAAUCAGGACAUAGAACCAAUCAGUCCUGUAACCAAUAUUUACCCUAGUCAUGAGAUUUCUUACUUUCCCAAGCAUUGGCCUCAAAGUGAAAAUGUUAUACCUCAAAAUCACUCAAUGCAUAUGACCCACCCCGCUCAAUUGAGUCCAGAUAGCACAAGUCCACCGAUAUCGGAAAGAUCCAGUGUAGACCCCAUUAACGUACAAGACAACGUAAUGCCUCAACCUCAACUAAGUUCAGACCCGUCUCCAUCUGAAAACGUGUCUGACAACGAGGGCGACGACGAAAUGGGAGACGACAUGAAGGAAGAUCAGGGGGAUGGCCAAAGCGGCAGCCACAAGAAGCGAAAAAGGAGAGUUCUGUUUUCGAAAGCACAGACCUACGAGUUGGAGAGGAGGUUCAGGCAGCAAAGAUACCUAAGCGCGCCCGAAAGGGAACACUUGGCGUCCAUAAUCCGGCUGACGCCCACGCAAGUCAAAAUUUGGUUUCAAAAUCACAGAUACAAAACCAAAAGGGCUCAGCACGAGAAAGGGCUGCACGAUCAGCAGAACAAUUCGACUUUGCCGUCACCGAGACGCGUCGCUGUGCCAGUGUUGGUUAGAGAUGGGAAACCGUGCCUGAGCGGCGGGCCGAAACCCCAGGACUCCUUGCAAGUUCCCACCUCUAUGAUGCUCCCCGGUCACCCGCAUUUACUCUACCCUCAGCCGAGAUGGUGGUAAUUUUUUCUAAAGUAAUUUUAACAAUUUUAGUCAAUGAAUGUGAUCUUAUGUAAUUUUGGGCCAUAUUGGCGUUCUUAGGGUUUUUUUCUGUUAGAUUUGUAUAUAUUUUUAGAGUUGUAUGAAUUGUAUAUGUGUAUAUAGGAUAGAGUUUAUAUUAGAACGAACUGCUGCACUAUUAGGUUUGUUUUACGUGUACAAAUUGAUAAUUUAUUGAAUAAAAA